AUGCGCACCAGCCGCCUCCUUUCGCCGCGGGAGCCUCUGAGCCAGGCGCGGCACCAUAGAGAGAAGCGAUGGCGUGGGUGGGCUAGAGCGGCCCCAUCCAUUCCGGAGGAGUUUCCGGAGAAAAACCGGAAGUACAGGUCCGCCGUCUUGGCCCUGUCUCUGCGGUCUCCAGCGAUUGGCUGGAUGCAGGACCGCCUUCUCUCUUUCUUUCAGGCCUCCGGGAACAAGGUGAGCCGGCAGUCCGUCCUGUGUGGAAGCCAGAACAUUGUGCUCAAUGGGAAGACAAUUGUCAUGAAUGACUGCAUCAUUCGAGGGGACUUGGCCAACGUGCGGGUGGGCCGCCACUGUGUGGUGAAAAGCCGAAGCGUUAUUCGUCCCCCAUUCAAGAAAUUCAGCAAGGGGGUUGCCUUCUUUCCCCUGCACAUUGGAGACCACGUCUUUAUUGAAGAGGACUGUGUGGUUAACGCUGCUCAGAUCGGCUCCUACGUCCACAUAGGGAAGAACUGUGUCAUUGGCCGCCGGUGUGUCCUGAAAGACUGCUGUAAAAUACUAGACAACACUGUGCUGCCUCCAGAAACAGUGGUCCCUCCUUUUACGGUCUUCUCAGGCUGUCCAGGGCUUUUCUCCGGAGAACUCCCCGAGUGUACACAGGAGCUGAUGAUUGAUGUCACCAAGACCUACUAUCAGAAGUUCCUGCCCCUCACCCAGCCUGGCCCAUGUUCCGGACAGUUCUCACCAGCGCCAGCAGCUUUCUACAUUUCCAGUUGACUGCCAUAAUGUCCUCUAAACGCAGCAUGCAUGUGUGUGUGUGUGAAAAGGAGGACGGAGUAGCCAAUGAUCCAGGGAAAGCUGCUACCCUGUCCUCUUUCCUGACACAGAGACACCAAGUGCACCCGUCCUGUCCCUUCGAGGUCAUGUGAGAGGCUCCGCCAGAGCUUCCUCUGCCUCCCGAGCCCCCUAGACCGCCCCGCCUGGUCUCCCUCCUAAGGGAGGGAAUGUUGGCCACCCGUCUCAGCCCCUUUGGGCUGCUGAUCUCUUGAGGGCACCAAAGCAAAGAGCAUCUCUUUAGGGGGCACCUUGCAGAUUAUCCAUGGCCUUGUUGAUUUGUCCCUGUGUUGGCCCCUCUCCCACCCUCUCCUUGUUGGUAGCGGUGGGAGCAGCUUCAGCCAGAGAGUCAGAAAGGCAGGAUUCGGAAAUAAAAGACCUGCCUGAGCACCGGCAGGCACCUUUUCCAUAGGGCUGGGCCACUGCCUGGCAGAGAACAUCACUCUGGAUGGCUGCUGCGGAAGACCUGGCCCAGGACGGAGGCCUCGGGGUGUAAGAGGCCAAAGGGGCAAGGAGAUGGGUCUGUGGAGAAGUAGGUUCCCCCCCUUUGGUGGGCAAAGAAGGGUUUGGGAAGCAGGGUUGUCUCUUGCCCUGAAGAGCAGAAGCUGCUCCAGUGUGCCAAGCAUCCGGCUUCCCCCUGCAAGACCCAGCCCGUCUCUGGAUGGGCCUGAUGAGCCCCCCCCCAUCCCAGCCUGGCUUUGCAGCUCUUUCUCCAUCUGCAGGCAAAACUCUUAAGUCAGCUGGCUUGCCCUUGCUCGCGUAUCUUGGCUUCACCCAAGGGCUUUCUGAAGGUCCCCAUCCAGCCCAAGGUUCUGCCGCAUGGCCAGUGUGCGUCUCUCUCCUCUUUCUUUCUU